UUGAAGCCCGACUCCGCCUUUUGCAUUGUUUGGCCGAAGCGGCUUUCCUUAUUCCGCUGACGUCGACGCUUUGAAUCGCCGCGAUUCCGGCUUGGCUGAUAUGGCUGCCCAGAAGAUCAACGAGGGCUUGGAGCACAUCGCCAAAGCGGAAAAAUACUUGAAAACUGGAUUAUUAAAAUGGAAACCGGACUAUGACAGUGCAGCUACAGAAUAUUCCAAGGCAGCUGUUGCUUUUAAAAAUGCCAAACAAUUUGAACAAGCAAAAGAAGCUUAUUUUAGAGAAGCCCUAUCCCAUGAAAAUAAUAAAGCCUUCUUCCAUGCUGCAAAGGCUUAUGAACAAGCAGGAAUGAUGCUAAAGGAGAUGCAAAAACAUCACGAUGCAGUGGAGCUGAUUCAGAAAGCCAGCAUGAUGUACCUAGAGAAUGGAACCCCUGACACAGCUGCUAUUGCGCUCGAUCGGGCUGGGAAGGUAAUAGAAAACAUAAAUCCAGACAAAGCUAUACAGCUAUAUCAGCAAACGGCUUCAGUAUUUGAAAAUGAAGAACGUUUACGGCAAGCCGUUGAAAUGUAUGGAAAGGCUUCAAGGCUUUUAGUUAGAGGCCGUAGACUAGAUGAGGCGGCACAAUCUAUUCAAAAAGAAAAGAGUAUUUAUAAAGAUAUUGAAAACUAUCCAACGUGUUACAAAAAAACUAUUGCCCAGGUCUUAGUACAUCUUCAUAGAAAUGACUACGUUGCUGCAGAAAAAUGUGUCAGGGAAAGCUACAGCAUACCAGGCUUUAUAGAAAGUGAAGACUAUGCAGCCCUGGAGCAGCUCCUAGAAGGAUAUGAUCAACAAGAUCAGGACCAAGUAUCAGAUGUUUGCAAUUCUCCACUCUUUAAGUAUAUGGACAACGAUUAUGCAAAGCUUGGCCUUUCGCUUGGUGUCCCAGGAGGAGGCGUGAAGAAGAAAUCUCCAGUUGCACCGCAGAGUAAAGGAAGUGGACCAGCUGUAUCAGCUUCUUGUGGAAAUGAGGAAGAUGAUGAAUAUGCAGGUGGAUUGUGCUAAUUCUAACUCCUCAAAUUAGCUCUUUGCCCAGUGAACAAAUUCCAGGGGCAAUUAAAAUGGCAUCAUUGCAAUCAUGAAAUUGGAAAGAAAAUAAUCUUGGCUUUGGGAUAGUUGUAUACAAAGCAUGCCUAUGCACCUUGAAUUAUUUCUGGAUUGCAAUCGUUAACCAUAAUUCUUUACAAUGUGUUGGUUUUAAUGUGUACUUGAGUACAGUUAGCCUUUCAAAAAAAGGGAGACAGAUUGGAAGGAAAUACUUAUAUUGGAUUUUUCUUUCUAGACACCUGUAAAUUGGGAAUCUGUUUCGUGGCUCAGUAUAGUCAUACUCUUUCUGUUUUUUUUGAAUAAUACCAUUAAAUUAUUUCAAAACAUCUAAAAGAUUUCCUUUUGCUUCUGUGAAUAUAAUAUUUAAUGAUGCGUUUGUCCAUGAUUUGAAUAGGAGUUCAUUGGAGUUUCUUUGCCAAGAAAGCAACGGGUUAUUAGAGGCAGGCAUUGUGAUAACCAUUGGUUUCUUUCUAAGUAUGGCUGUCAUGGGUUAGAAAAUUCUCCUAGUUGAAUGAAACAUGCAAUGAACAAAUAAGGUACUUUAUGUACUUUGUAGAUAAAUUUAAAAAAGAAAGAAAUUCAGCUAAAACAGAUUAUAUAGUAUUCUAUUCGAAAUCCCAGUGAACUGGAACUAUGAAAUUUAUAUGCUUUAUUUCUUGAAUAUUCUUUGUUAUUGUAGAGCUUGCAUUUUCAGUCUUUGUAUAAUGAGAUUUUUCUGGAAUAAUUUAAAAUAAUUUGAAUUUUCAUAAUGUAUACAUUAGUUCCUGCUACCUUCCAGUAAAUUCAACAGUUCUAUUUAAGGGAAUUUAGGCAAAUACCAACUAGAUUGUGUGUAGCUGUAAUAACUGUUCACAAUAGUGUAUUACAUGACAAAGGAAAAAUAACAGUCAAAUGUUCCUCUGUUUAUUCAGAAAAGAUGUAGGCUUUUAAUUUUCUGAACCCAGGAAUCAGAGUUUUCAAGAAAUAGAGCAUAAGAAUAUUGAAUCUAGAGCCAAAUUAAAAACUCUGGUAUAUUGAAAAUUCGACAUAGAACAUGGAAUGACUGGCAAUGGAAAUAAAACUAAUUCUAGAUUUAAUUAUGCUUUCAAGAUUGGAAUUUGUGACAGUGGAUCUAUUUAAUACAUUCAAUGUCUAGCUUUGAAUAUUUAAUCUAUUUUUCUAUAUUAGCAGAUUAAAAAGUAAUGGAUUUGUUGUUUCCCUUGUGUAAUCCAAAUUAUCUAUGCUUUCGAAAUAAUUGGUGCUUUGUUUUCUAAGGCAUUAUACACACUUCUUUUAAUUGGAUCAAAAAUAUAGCAGGGAAGACCAUUUUGGAAAUAAUUGCCAGUUUUUAGUGAGCAAUAUUGCAACAAUUGGUUUGCAUGAGUAUUGUUAAAAUGUAAUCCAAUGUUACAUAAAAGUAAUUAUUCUGAGUGACUUGUUUGUAUAGCCAGAUGCUGUAUAAAAUGAAUUUUUUGCCAUGUGAACCUUGUACUUAAUUGUGCCCAGCUUAUCUGUAAAUGCAAUAGAGUAUGAAAGUUGUCACAACUGCCCUGCUGCUCUAGCCUAAGAAGCUCUGUAGUUCACCUGUACAAAAUAAAAGCUGUAAACACUAA